GAAGUAGGAGUUGUAGUAGAAGUAGAUGAAACCGAAGAAACCAUGUUGCUGAGGGAGUUUACUUGUUGAAUGACAGUAAAACCAAGUUUACAGUUUCCUGUUUGGGGACGACUUAUUUUAUACUUCGUCGUUGAGUCGCAGCGUUUCUGGCCUCUGUGAAAAAAUGCGGGACCGAACGAAGGAAUUGGGAAACAAUCCCGAUGCUUCAGAUGAGGACGAGGAGGACAAAGCUCUGAUCAAAUCUGGACCCGCCUCGGCCAAAGAUGAGAAGGAGAAUGAAGCUUUCUUCAAAAAGGUGCAAGAAAUUCAUGAGGGGCUGCAGAGCCUCAAGCGGAUGGUGUCCGACCUCGAGAACAAACAGAAGACUGUGCUGGGAGUGGCACUGCCAGAGGACAGUAUGAAGAAAGACCUUCAAACUCUGCGAGAGGAGAUCAAAACUUUGGCAUGUCAGAUCCAGAAAAAACUGAAGAGUAUUGAACCCAAGAAGGGAGAGGAUGAUGGAAAAUAUGUACAAGUAAAUCUUCGAAUCCAGCGCACACAGCACGCCGUCUUGUCCAAGGAGUUUGUGGAGCUGAUGGGCCAUUGCAACACCAUGCAGGCCCAGUACAGAGACCGUAACGUGGAGAGGAUACAGAGGCAGCUGAAAAUCACUGGCAGCAACGUGACAGAGGAAGAACUGGACACGAUGCUGGAAAGUGGGCAGACAGAUGUUUUUACUCAAAAUAUCCUGAUCGAUGCUAAAGCCACAAAGCAGGCUCUGAACGAGAUCGAGUCCCGGCACGAUGAGAUCCUGAAGCUGGAGAGGAGCAUCAGAGACCUGCACGAGAUGUUCCAGUACCUCGCCAUGGAGGUGGAGGCUCAGGGGGAGAUGGUCGACAGGAUCGAUAACAACAUCAAGCAGUCUACUAAUUACGUGCAGAAAGCAGUGAAAGAGACGCAGGAGGCCGUGAAAUAUCAGCAGAAAGCACGCAAGAAAAAGAUUUGGAUCGCGAUUUGUUUGGCCAUCGUCCUCAUCAUCGUCAUCAUCAUGGUUGCCACCAUGUUUAACUAGUGACACAAGACAGUGAGAGCUGGUUGGUUUCACAGAAGCACAUUAACGGAUUCAACGUACAAGCAUCAGCCCACAGGACGUACGGGUGGAUUUAGUCUUUUUAUCCACGUCACAUUUGGCCCUCUAACUGCUCCUGUCCACCUAACCCACACUUUGUUUCCUUGUUCUUUUUUUUUUUUUUGGUGAAGAAGAGACGUGCUCUUGUUUUGGCUACAAUCUUUCCAACAUCUUUACCAUUUCAGGCAGCGCUGCAGGUGUUAUUUCAGUUUCUGUUCUGCAAAACAAGGGCCAGAACAAAUUGUGAACUGUUACGUCAGUCGCUCCUAUGUUUAAAUAUUAAAAAAAAAAAAAAAAAAAAGAGAAGAAGAAAAGGAGGAAAUAAGUGACCUUGAGCACAAUACAGUAUUGAAACCCAACACUGGCGCUGAUCAUGCUGUACUCAGGAAAUCUGUUCUUGUUACACUGUUGCUUCUGGAUGAAUUGGAGAUGAAAAGAACAAUUUUUUUUAGUCUUUUUAUAGGCAAUACAAUACAAGAAACGGACUAAUAUAAUUGUACAUAACCUAUAAAAUAUAUUUUAUGCAGUUUUAAAACUUGAAAAAUCUUUGCCCACAUGUAAUGUAAGUGUAAAUACAGAUUUUCUUUUUUUUGGUGUGAAGUAACCGCUCAUUUUUUCUCUCUUUUAUUUUCCCAUGUUGUCUGUGCUCUCUUUAAUUUGUCUUACCAGUUUGUAUUUACGACCUGUGUAAGCUGCUACAACACAUAAAUAAAUCCAAACUGUGCCUUUCCUUCUGUAUGUCAAGAAGAGAAAGAUGUACACUAACGCUGUCAAGAAGGGAUGGACUUUUUUUUUUUUUUUAAUUCUGUAAAUAUCUAAAUUCACUCAGACUUUUUCCUUCGCUCAUUCGUCACGUUGUGCACAAGUUUCCAUCCAGUUUAAAUCUGCAGGAGGGCAGCAGUGAAUGGUUUCCUGAAGCAAUGAAUGGAACUUGCCGUGCACCACAAUCUCACAAAUGCGUUCACAAAAAUCAACCAAAAGGAAGCCGUUCUUGCCAGAGUCUCUGGGGGGAGAAAAAAAACAUACGUUUUUUUUGCAGAGACUUUUGCUACCGUGUAAUAUCAUAGCUGUUGAAGCUUGCAUCACUCAUGUAUUUUAAUAUAGAUUUUAAAUAAAACACUAUCUUGUUCUA